AUGAAUAAGGUGUUAUCAGAGGAAUUCUGCGGAGGUGCUAUCAAGUGGGAAAAACCUCAGUCAGGUUGGACAAAAAUCAAUGUUGAUGCAGCUUGCUUCAACGACUUUCCUUUCACAGGUGGUGCUGCUGUCGAGCGAGAUGAUCAAGGACAUUGGGUUGCUGCUAUGACGAACACAAAGGCUGAAAAGUUGGCUCCAGUUGUCGCUGAAGCGUGGGCUUUAAAAGAGGCAUUAUCAUGGAUCAAGACCAGAUCUUCAUCCCUUAUCAGCCCUGUUAUGUUUGCUGUGAUUGUAUGGAUUUACUUAAGUGUUAAGGUAAGUUUUGUUUAUCGCUCUGCGAAUAUGGUUGCUCAUGCCUUAGCUAGAGAAACUUAUUCUAUGUCAGGUCGACGUAGUUGGUUUGAUAGUGUUCCGGAGUUCUUGCGGAGCGUCUUUAUUUCAGAUUCUUAUUAA